UUGGAGAAGUAUGGGAGUUGUUAAGGUGUAUGGAUCACUUGUAUCAGCAUGCGCACAGAGGGUUAUGGUUUGUCUUCUUGAGAAAGAAGUAGAGUUUGAACUUGUUCAUGUUGAUCUCGACUCUGGUGAGCAUAAGAAACCUCAGUUUCUAGCUCGACAGCCAUUUGGUCAAGUGCCAGCCAUAGAGGAUGGAGAUUUAAAGCUCUUUGAGUCUAGGGCAAUCAUGAGGUACUAUGCAACAAAGUAUGAAGACCAAGGAACAAACCUACUUGGAAAGAGCCUGGAAGAGAGAGCUCUAGUGGAUCAAUGGCUGGAAGUGGAAGCUCACAACUUCAAUGAAUUGAUUUACAAUAUGGUUGUUCAAUUGGUGAUAUUGCCAAAAAUGGGGCAGCCAGGGGACUUGGCACUUGCCCACUCUUGUGAGCAGAAGCUAGAGAAGGUCUUGGAUGUGUACCAAGAGAGGUUGUCCAAGAGCAGCUACCUUGCCGGAGACAAGUUCACGAUGGCCGACCUGAGUCACCUUCCGGGGAUCCGGUACUUGGUGAAUGAGGCUGGGAUGGGGCAUUUGGUUAUGGAGAGGAAGAAUGUGAAUGCUUGGUGGGAGACUAUCUCAAACAGGCCUGCAUGGAAAAGGCUAAUGCAGAUUGCUAAGUUUUAAUCAGUUUCAGUUUUAUACGUAACGCGAUGAGAUAAUCGCUCAUCUCUGACUUCGCGUAAACUCUAAGUGCUUGGAUCGCCCUCCUCUCUCCAAGCACCUUAAUAAGUCACAAUGUGUGUCACUUGCUGCAUUACAUCAGUUAUAAUAUGCAAGAUAUCAACUUUUA